CCCAUUAAGUGCCACCCAUCAGUGCUGCCAGUCAGUUGUGUCAUCAGUACUGCAGCCAGUCAGUGCCAUCAGUCAGUGCUGGAUAAAGUGACAAGUGCCACCAUCAGUGACCAUCAUUGCUGCAUAUCAGUGCAGCAUCAUCAGUGCCUCCUCAUCAAUGCCCACCAGUGCUGCCUCAUCAGUGCCACCACAUCAGUGCAGCCUAUCAGUGCUGCCUAUCUAUGCCACCACAUCAGUGCCCAUCAUGCCCACCAGUGCACAUCAAUGCCACAUAUCAGUGCCCAUCUGAGCUGCCUUUCAGUGCUGCCUAGCAGUGCCCAUCAGUGACGCCUAACAGUUCCAGUCAGUGCCGUCUAUCUGUGCCAUAUAUGAGUGCUGCCUUGCAGUGCCCAUCAGUGAUGCCUAUCAGUGCCUCCUCAUCAGUGCCCACCAUCAGUGCAGCCUAUCCGUGUCCAUCACUGC